AUGAUCAAGUUCCUCUUUUUAGUUACGUUGUUGUUGGCAACAGUCGUUGCUUUUCCAUCUUACGGUGGCAGCGACGAUAACACUGUCGCGCCUUUGUUGUCUUAUCCUAAUGCUGAGUAUAUCCCCGGCGAAUACAUCGUAGUAUUCAAGGGUGUGGUCACUGACGAAAGAAUAUCUUGUCAUCAUAACGAUGUUAAUUCCUUGCUCUACGAGGAAAGAAGGGUGCUCAAACGAGGAUUCAUGGAUGAAUUAAUUUCUGGUAUUAGACACACUUAUGACUUUGAGGGUUUCCGAGGUUAUUCUGGUAGAUUCUCAGAAAGCGUUUUGGCUAAGAUCAGACAGAGCGAUGAUGUCGCAUUUGUUGAGCCAAAUCAAAGAAUAUAUCCACGCAUAGUUCAACCUGAUUCUCCAUGGGGUCUUGCUCGCAUAUCUCAUCGUGAACGUUUGGUAGGAUCAACAAUAGCUACAUACCAAUAUGAUGCAAGCGCUGGAAAAGGGGUUACUGCCUACGUAGUCGAUACUGGAGUCAACAUCAACCACACUGACUUUGGUGGACGCGCUCGAUGGGGGGCCAACUUUUCACCUGGUCAGCCUGAUCAAGAUCUUGGUGGACAUGGAACUCAUGUUGCGGGUACCAUUGCCGGAACUAAAUACGGUGUCGCCAAAAACGCUCAGAUUGUUGCUGUCAAGGUUUUGGGUCCACAAGGAGGUUCAAACGCAGAUGUUAUCAAGGGAGUAGAGUGGGUCGUAGCUGAUCACAAGAGAGCCGUUGAGGAUGCUAGAAGAGCAGGAAGAGUAUAUCCAGGCUCAGUCAUUAAUAUGAGUUUGGGAGGUGGUAAGAGUACCGCUUUGGAUGGGGCUGUUGAAAAUGCUGUCACGGCUGGAGUAGUCGUUGUCGUAGCCGCGGGUAAUGAGAAUGCUGAUGCGUGCAACGGAUCACCUUCUGGAGCCGACAAGGUAAUAACAGUUGGCGCCUCAACGAUUGAAGAUACGCGUGCUUGGUUCUCCAAUUGGGGUAGAUGUGUCGAACUUUUCGCUCCUGGCAGAGAUAUUACAUCAGCCUGGAUUGGCUCUAACACUGCUACAAACAAAAUCUCCGGCACUUCUAUGGCAUCUCCUCAUGUAGCUGGUCUUGCAGCUUAUUACCUUGGUUUGAGCCCCAAAACUCCGUUAACACCACAACAAGUUCUUACCAAGAUUCUCAAUACGGCUACACGUAAUGCUCUCUGUGAAGUCGCAAAUAGUCCCAAUCUCUUGGCGUACAAUGGUUUUGUUUAA